GUAUUUUAUUGUUUUACUCGUAAUGUACCGUCAAGCCGCAUGAAAAUCACUUUUAAACAGUAUAGCAAGCUGAUCGAUAGAACAUUGUCUUAAAAGUUCUAUAUAAUUUGAAGAAAUAUUCAUACCAAACGUCAGAGAUUACUUUUCACUUAAAGAUAUCGAUUUCAGCGGUUCAGAAGAUAUCGUACUCCAGAUACAAAAACAAAAUAUAAACCAUUAUAAUUCUAAAAAUGAAACUUUACUGUGUUUUAUUUUCCUUUGCCUUUGCAAAUAUAUUGGCAGAAACUAUAGAUAAUUAUAAGAUGGAAGUUGUCAUUACUAACGAACUUAUCAGGCAAGCUAAUGAAGCAAAUGGUCUUCCGAAUGUAAUAAGAAGAAUUUUCGAAGAAAAUAGACAAUAUUCUCUAGAGGAUUUAGUUUAUUUGUGGACUGUGCCGGAUCAAGCAGCCAUUAAGGCCGAAAAAUUAUCUAAUCAAGCAGCCAUUAAGGCCGAAAAAUUAUCUAGUUCUAGUCAAAUUCCAGAUUUAAAUCUUAAGCCACCCCAAAUAGGUUCUUUAGUAACGCUGUCGAUUUUUCCGGUUGUGUGCCAGACGGCCGAAAAUAUAGAAAAAUGCAUAGAAUAUGAGCAUACUUUGCAAAACGCAAUAAUCGAGAGCAUUGCUUGUAUCGAGUCGAAGCCUGCUGCUGAAAGCCUAGAGAAUGAAAUCAGCAAAGCUGAUUUGCAGAUUGAUAGUCAUAGAAGAAGACUUAUGGUUAAAAAACAUCUUAAAUGUUUAAUGGAUGCUACAGAUACUCGUCAUAAACCCAGUCUUAUUGUAAAAUGUUAUUUAACUGGAUUAUUCAGAACUUCAUUGCUUGAAAUCAACGAAUCAGAUAACUUUAUCAAAUCUGCAAAUAUUGACCCUGAAGAUAAUUGUUGCACACUUACUUCUGCAAAAAAUGAUUUUAGUUUCUACCCAAUGAAAAUGACUGACGUACAACAAUAUUUGCCGGACAGUAAUGAUAUGAUAAGAUUUGAAAUGAUAGAACCUUAAUUUCUGUAAGCUCAGCAUUAUACUUGUUAUUAUAAUUAAAUUAACUAUUUUUAUGAAUAAUAAAUACAUAUAGGUACAGAAUGCAGAAUGCUAUUUUCAUUAUAUUUUAUUUUAUUUUCAUAUCACACUAAUA